AUGAAUCAAGAUGGUUCAACACAAAUAAAACAACAACACGAAAUUACUACUAUCGUGGACUUGCCAACAGAAUUGAUCGUAAAUAUUUGCAGUUUCCGUAUAAUACGAUUGACUGAUAUUUUCAAUUUGGCAACUUGCCAUUCGAAACUAAACAACUCCUUAUUCCACGAACAAAACUCUGUUUUUUGGAAAUCCAAAUAUAUACAAAAGUAGGUACCUACUCUUGGAUCACCAGUUUAUUUUAAACAAUAUUCUAUUCCUGAUAAAAUUGAACCGCUUUUGUGCAUGUAGACUGAGGAAUCUAGAGAAAAAUAGUAAUGAAUUAAUAAAUAUAGUAAAGCAUUAUACUUUGAUAUAUUUAUAAUAAAAUAUAGGCAAUACCAUAUAAAAUUAUAAACACUUAAUAAUUAAAUGUACAAUGUAAAAACUUAAAAGUAAUUAAUAUAGAAUUUGUAUACAUAUCAAAAUUUUAUAUAUAUAUAUAUAAAAAUUAAUGGAUAUCUGUUUUUCUUUUAUGCAUUACUACAACAUUCAUUCAAUCGUUAUGAAACUUUAAUAAGUUGUAGGAACAGUUUAUAGCUAUUAAAAUCCACCCUCUAUUGAAUACUAUUGCCUAAAAUUCACCAUUUUUAGUAUAAAAAUUAAAUUAUUUUUGUUGAUUUAUAGCUUACCUUGGUAACACGGAUUUUUUAACAUUAAUUAGAAUAUAUACAAUCUGUAAUAAAAGUUAAAAUAAGCAUAUGAGCUGAACAAAUAAUAAUAUUCAUGACCUGAAUGCUUGAGGAGAGUAGUUACCCAAGUAAAACUCAAAUGUGAUAAAUUUUUAGGGUAUUCUAUUUACAAAUAUUAUGACUUAAAUUUAUUAUUAUUUUUAUAUAUCAGUUUUUUAAGCCAAAUCACAACACCAAUCCUUCUUGGUGGAUUCCCAGAAAUGUUUACUGAAUUCAAGGAUAAGUGUAUUCUUGUGGUUUGUAAGGCAAAAACAGAAAUGCUUGUAAGAGGAUGUAGCCACUUCCUGUAGUACCAAAUCUGAGUGUAGUGUAUGGUUCGAUGCAUAGAAAGGUGCAUUAGUAAUUACAUAAAAUGAUAUAGACUGAUCCGUUUGCAUUUUGUAAAUGUUGGAUUUUUUGUCACACCCCAUAUUAGGAUACUAUACAAUAAAGUCAUUUUUACUUCUAACGACAACCUAUUUGUCACCAUCCUGUAUUUACAAAGUCAUCUUAACGACAUGGAAAAAAAAACAUAAUUAUUAAUUUCUGUACUGCAAUCCUUGUGUUAAUGCGAGUAUUUAUGGUACCUAAUAGCAUAUAAUGAUAAUUUAUUCAUAAACUGUAUUUAGAAACUUUUUCAUUGCUUGGACAAAGCCAGACAGGACAGAUUAUAAUAUAUCACAUAGUCAAUAACCUUAAAUUAAUUAUAUUAGAUAAUUGUCUAAUGUUAUAAAAUUUAAAAAAUUUAAUAAUAAUAAUAAAAUGUAUUUUACAACUGAAUUAGAAUUAAUAUUUCGGAACUUUUAAGUUAUGACCUAUGUGUCCUGUGAUUGGUCAUUGUUACUGCCUUGCUCCAAAUGGUUAUAAUACUUGUGGUAUUGGGGUUAUAUAUUAUGAAUCUAGACAAUAUUCACCAGGAAAAUAAUAUUUGGGAAUGUUAUUUGUUUAGACAAAUUUCUUUUUCGUGGAUAAUUUAAUAUAGCGCUCAUAUCUCUGUGGGAUCUUAUCAUGAAUAUUAUGCAUGUCCGAAACCUUAUUAAAUAGUUUGGUAGAUCAAACUAUGUUGAUUUUGUACCUACCAGUAUGGCAAAACAAAUUGGUAUAACCUGCUUAAACUUUCUCAUUGUACUAAAUUUUUUUAAUAGUAUUUUGAACUUCAUUUUUAAUAUUAGUUCUUAAACUGAAAAAACUAACAUUUAUGGUAGUUACUACAGAUAAAUGUUUUCUGAUUUGCUAUAACAUCAUAAUUAUGAAUUGAGCAAUUUUUAAUAAUAUUUAAUAUGUAUCUUCAAUAAUAUGAUUAUCUAAAUUAUUCCAAUCAAAAUUUUCUAACAUCAUUUUGUUAUAAAGUUUUAAGAAUUUUUAUGUGCUCGGUGUUUUGUGAAUAGUGAACAAAAUGUGAUAUGAUCACCGCCACAGAAUUUAUGGUAAGAAAUUUAGAAUGGGAAUAUAUUAAAAUAAGGUGGGAAAAAAUGAUUAAGAUUAGAAAAUCAUAGGAAUGGAAGUAACCAAGAAUAAUUUUUCUUGUGAAUAAAAAAUUAUAGGAAUAAUAAAAAUAAGGAAAUUGAUCAGUUUUUUUUUGUUUCAUAUUGCAAAUAGUACAAGUGCCAAUAAUAUUAUAUUUUGUUAUACCCAAAAGAAAGAAAGUUCAAGUAUUGAAAAUUAGCUACCAAUUUUUUUAUUUAAAUCUGAUAAGAACAUGGUUUCUAUUGGAUAUGUAUAUAGUUACCAACUUUCAAAUUUUAUGAUAUAGCAUAAUUUUUUUCAUGUCCAUUUAUAUCAAUUUAAUACAUUUAUAGCAACAAUAGAAUAGGUUUAUAACUAUAAAUUUAAAAAAUUAUCUUCCACAUUUAAUAUCACCUUUAUUAAAUCAUAAUUUUUCUCUUGACUUAUGCAAAUUCAGCUAACAUUAUAUAUAAUGUAUUAGAUAUCAUGUACAUUUAUGUAAUAAAUAUUUAUAAAUAACAGUAAAUAUUAAAACAAAUGGUAUUAUAUUCUAUUAACAUUUGAUUUUUCACACAUUAAUUAAAUCUUAAUAUAAAUAAUGUAUCAAAAUAUAGAGAAUGAGAAAAUUUAAAGAAUUUGUAACAAGUUUACUUUGUAUAUUAUUAUCCUAAAGUAGAUAUAUAAAAUUUACAAAAGAUAACUUAUAAAAAUUAAAAAAAUGAAUCAUAAAGGUAUUUUUUUCAAAUACCUUAAAAUAUAUUAAGAUCUGUGUAUUAAAAUUUUAAAUGUAGUAUUAUCCGACAAAGUUUAAGACAACCCAAGCUGGACGUAGGACUAAUUAAACAAAUAUAGGACAGUUGGCAGCCUUAGUUAUGUACAAAGUUGGGAAAUCCCAAAUACUUUCCUAAAUAAUAUUUUUCAAUGAAAUUCUGUUCCAAUCUUAUAAUCGGUCAAAAUAUAUAAAUUUAAUAAUUUAAGAAAAUCUUUUUUUCAUAUUUUUAACAGCAUUUUGAAAUUAAAUUAUGAUCAAUUUAAAAUCAAUCACAUUAAAAAAAUUAAAAUAUUGCACUUUCAAAUAAAAUUAGUGAUUGAACUUAAAGAAUUUUUAAUAUCCUUACUACCAUCAUUAUCAAAUUUACCUGUAUCUUUAUAGGUACAAUACAACAAAAUGUAAUAAAUAAUAAUCAGAUCAAAUUGUUAUAAUCCCUUAAACUUGUCUGUAAUUUAAAGUUUAAACAAUAAAAUACAUAUAUUGUGGCGUCCGUGUGUUGUGUGAAAAUUGCCCAAUGGAAAUAAAAUUAUUAUUUAUUAUUCCAUCUUACCUUUAUCAUAAAUGCAUUUAUAGGUAUAUAUACUGUCAAUAUAAAUAUGAAAAUUAUACACAAUAACUUGAGCUUAAUGAACUUUAUUAUACUAUAUUAUUAUUAACUCAGGUAUAGGUAAUAAUCUAAAAAUGCAUAUUAUAAUUAAUAAUAUAAAGUAAGUUUAUUAUAAAGUCAGAUUAUAUUAUGUUAUACAAAUUAUUUUUUUUUUAUCACGAACCAUCCAUUUUCUUGGAGAAUUUUGAGUGAAUUUGUUAUCUAUUUUUUUAAUCAUUGUUGAAUCGUUAUAAGCUUUAUUUUAAAAUCAUUUUUAAUUUUUACCACCUCUUCUCUUCAUAUACCUUAAAUAAGUAUAUACUUUUGUUUUUCAACACAGAUUUAAAUGACAAAUAUUUUUACUUUUUUUAUUACGAAAUAUAACCAUUUAAAGUUUAGACCAGAGGAGUAGGAAAGAGAUAUAAAUUUAUCAUUUAAAAAUAGAUAUGUAAUUUAUUAUUCUUGCCUACUUCUCCGGUCUAAACUUCAAACAGUUAUAAUUCAUUAAUGGUAAAUCUGAUAUUAGUAUCGCAUAUAAAAAUUUCUAGAAAAGUAUUCUUUAUUCGAAUCUGUCUUUAAAAAUGGGGAGUUACUAUUUAAAAACCAAAAGAAUAUAAUUAUUUAUGGAUACAUGGGUUGAGCGUAAAAAUAAAAAAAUGUUUAAAAUAAAGCCUAUAAACGAUUUUACAAUGAUUAAAAAAAUUUGUUACAAAUUCACUUAAAAUCCCCUGAGAAAAUUCCUAGUUCAUGAUAAAAAAAAAAAAUUAUUCUGUAUUAUUUGUCCUUGAAUAUUUUAAUUUAGAAUCCCCAUUUUAUAUAAGUAGGUACUAUGCAGUAUAUUCCCUUUUAAUACGAUUCUAUUUAAAUAUUUUUCAGUGAACGUUAAUAUAUUGUUCUGAUGCAUACACUUCCGGACAUUUAUCUUUACAAACAUAAUAGUUCAUAUCAUUUUGGAAUGUCAUCGUUCAUUUCCAAUCCUUUAUAAAAUUUCUCAGUCUGGAAAAACUUUUUGAUAAGUGAAUGUUAUUAGUUAUACAUUUAUAAUGUAGUUCAUUAAAGAUUAUGAAUAAUAAUAAAAAUAAAAACUGUACAUAUUUAAUUUUACUUUUGUGUAUUAAAUGCUUAUAAUUAAGUACAUUUAAUAAUAAAAACCUCCAUACAUGUAAAAUAACAUACACAUAUUAUAUAAAAAAAUAAAAUUAUUAACCAUGUUAAGUAGUAUGUGAAAAGUUUAGAAAUUAGUAAAUUGCACGUAAAUAUGAAAAGAUUAAGAAUCGCUGCUCUAUAUGAAUUCAUUUAUAGCAAAUAUUUUAUCAAUGUAUUUAUGAUCCCUAGCCACUGUGUUAAUUGGGAGCAAGCGCAAUCGGUGGGGUUUGUGGGGAUGUAUGAACGUGAUGUGUUUCUUUGUCCUAGCGGUACAAUUUUAUCCUAGAGUAUAAGUAUUUGUGGCUACUAAAUACCUACGUUAUUAUUAAUGUUUACUUGAAUGAUUAUGUUUAUAAAAUUAGGUUUGGUCCAUUGCAUAAGAAUGAAUUUGAAAUUAAUAUUGAUGAACAAAAUACUUGGAAGAAUGAAAUCACUUUACGUGCAAGUUUAAAUAAAACUGUAUCAUAUGAAAUUGAACAAAUGCCUGGAAAGUACCUAAGGUAUAAGAGUGUCCCAUUUCAUUUGUUUCCGUUCACUGAACAAUUGCACUCAAAAUACCAAAGCCAUAGAUUUUAUGUUUCAUCUGCCGCUAUGGCCUAUUAUAGGCGUCUACUGAGUAACAAAUGGUAAUUGUUUAAUAGUUUUAUGCUAUGCAGAAAUAUUUAUUAUUAAUUUACAUUUAUUAUAAUGAGUUUCAGUUGUAAUGCAAAUUAUGAUCUAUUGUAUAUGGCACAUCUAUUUCUUAUUUACUCUUCUCAAGUGUAUUUCGGGUACAAGUUACAGGAGUAUAUAUCUUCACCAAUUACAGAAAAUUUAAUUGAACAUGCGUUUUAUUUACUGGGACGUUGGUUGUGUCCAACUGAUGAUACAUCUUAUUGGGAUAUGAGUCAGUUUACACUGAGCAAAUCAAUGAUUAUCUUGGAAUUUUAUUUGUAUUUUAUUUAUUAUUUAUAGACAGCAGAUUUAAUGGUAUAGCUGUAAAAGUGUGUGAAACCAUGCAGGAGAACCACCCAUUACAUCCAAUUGUUGGCAAAGAAAGUGAUUUGGAUCAAUUACAUAAACGUGGACAAAACGUUAUAGAUCAUGAUUUAUUUGAUGCAACUAGCACUAUUUGUUUACUUAGCUGUCUUCAAGAAGUUCUUUUUGCUAAUAGAAAUAUAGUCUGUAUGUGUGAUCGUGAUGUUAAUUGCUUUUUAAUGCCAAAAGUACAUAGUCCUUUACCUCAAUAAAUAUAUUAUAAUUACAUUUAUAGUUUAAAGUUAAUUCUAUGUUAUGAUUUUUUUUUUUAGGCUGUUGAACGUCAAAAAGGUUCUGUGUUUAUACUAUGUAUAAUAUAUGAAUCAGUUGCUAGGCGGUUAGGAGUAAAAGUCACACUAACUAAAACACCUGUUGACCAUUGUGUAACUUGGUUAUCUUCAUGGCCAGGAGAUAUACAUAAAGAUCCUUUGUAUUUUAUGAUAGAUAUUACCAGGUGUGGUAUCAUGCUGCCGUCUGAAAUUUGUCCAAUUUCGAAAUCAUUAGCUGGUUGUGAUGAUCUUAAUUCUAUACUUGAUGUAAGAAUUUUAUUUAUAUUUUAUGUAAAUAUUAUAAUUAGGUAGCUUAGAGUUUAUUAUUUAAAAAAAAAUUUAUUUCAAACAUAUUUUUUAAAAAAAUAUUUUGGUGGAAAAUCUCGCAGAGUAGGUUGCUGCUUCCCUUUACCCCCCCUUGCGCUCUCUUAUGUUUAUCCCAAACCUGCUUGAUAUAUUUUCAAAUAAUUGGAAUUAAUUUUUAUUCGAUUAAUUACAAAAAAUUUAUACAAAUACGUCUACCUAAAUAUCACUUAUACCAAAUAUACCUAUGCAGUAUACAGUAUAAGCUAAUUGUUUAGGGCAUGUGACGAUAAAAUGUAUUAUCAUUAUUACUGUUUGAUGUUUCUAGAUGUUUUGGUCGUUUAGUAAAACUAUGAAAAACAUGGAAUCAUAUAAAUUUGUUUUGGAUUUGCAAAGAAUUCUAAAACCCGAAAAUUUUAAACUUCAGUUUAGAUAUGAACAGUUCCAUAAUGAUUAUGAUUAUUGCCAAUGUCCUAUGCUCAGAGAUUCAGUGAAUCCCCAUGUAAGUAUUGUUUGAUAUUACUUUAUAAUUUAUACCCCCUUAUAAUCUAAUUCAUUGUAUUUUUUAUGAUAGAUUUAAAAAAUGUCCGUAUUACAAUUGUGGCAAUCAUUAUCCAUGAUGGCUUCCCAAAAUAGUACCUUAUCAAAUAUUUAACAUAUAUACUUUUGAUUUUCAGUGCUAGAAUUGGAAAAAUAAAAUAAGAGGGACUAUAAGACUAAAAAAUUAUUGAAUUCCAACCUAACCACUAAACAGCUUUGCCAUAUAACACCAAUUUGUUCGUCUUUAAACUAUUUUUCUAUUAAAAAUAUAUCUCUGAUCAUUAAAUUUAGGGGUAGUUUCUGGUAGAUGUUGUUUACUUCAUGCAAUAAUGAAAUCAAUUUUUGAUUUUUCUUGUAAUUUUCUUAAUAAUCAGGAAAAAGCAAAAAAAAAAAAAAAUCCUAAAAAUUAGAAUAUUCACACAAUAGCAGUUUCAGUUAUAUUAAUUUUUUUUUUUUUUGCAAUUUAAUGAAACAUAAUUGUAGAAUUUGGUGAAAUUACACCAAAUACAUGUAUUAUUCUUUUCCAUACAUGGUAUAACUUUAAAACAUUCUGACAAUUUUUAGAAUAUUAUGGCCAUUUGAAAUUUGGUUUUUGUGGUUAAAAUUGUUUGAAAUUUGAAUAUAAAUUUGUCAAAAUGUCUACAAUGUUUUUGUUUUAGUAAAUGUAUAUGUUACACUCUAUCAGUAGAAUUGUACAAUUUAUGAAAUUAUGUUAAGUAUAUUUAUAGUUUUCGUUCAUUUUAUGCUAUGUUUUUAACAUUAGGGUGUAAAAACAUUUUUUUAUUUGUACAUUAGUUUUUUUUAUCUGAUUUUAAUUUUUAAGAAAAAUGACGAUUUUUAAAUUUUAAUAUUUCACAUAUUUGUAAUGGGUAUUAAAAAAUGUGUUAAAUAUAUAUACACGUAAUGCAUAGGUAAUAUCAUUUAUAUUUACUGUAAAUGAGGAUUCAAAUGAGGAUAAAUUCAAAUAUAACCAAAUAAUUUGAUAUCUGUUUGUAUGUUAUAUGAAGUAAGGUUUGUUUUUUUUCAUUACAAGUGAAUUAUGUUCGGCAAGUUAAUACAUAGAGUAAAGAGUUGUAAUUAGAAUUUGUUUUCAUAUUAUGUUCCACUUAAAAUAAAUAAAGGUACGCUAAAAUGUCUAAAAUAUUAGUUGAUGUACUCUACCCCCCUCCAAGGUCGAGAGUUAAUUCCUACUAUGCACAUAUAUAUUAUGUCUUUAAUUUAUAAUAUUAAUACUAUGUAGGUGCACAAAAAUAGUUAACAAAUUAAGCAGGAUAAUGUGAGUUAUUAAAAGUAAACAUCAUAAUAUCAAAUAACUACUAAUCAUGUAUAAUGUACAGUGAUGUGCAUCAUUCAUUAUCAAUAAUCCCCAUUAUUUCUAAACAUCUAAAUAUCUAAACAUUUUAAAUGGUAUGUGAGCGUCACAUGUUUUUAUAUUAAACUGAGAGGAUUGGACACCAUAUUUCCUUUCUUCUUUAAUACAUACAUAACAUAACAGUUUUAACCAAUUUUCCUUCAAUCAAUUUCUUUAGUUUAGUAAUAAGAAUUCUAAAAACAGAUGAACUCAUUUUAAAGUGUAUAUAAAUAUUAGAAUAGCAAGUUACUCUUUUUGAAUUUCAAUUCUUAAUUUUCAAAAACUAUGAUAAUAAUUAAAUUAAAAUUGUUCAAAGUCUCCUGUUCAGUCUCAUGCACAAUGAUUCACACUUAUUUUAAUCCUCUUAAAGGCUUUAACUAUUAGUAAAACAAUUUUUUUUUCAUUUUAGUAAUAAUUGAUAAUUAGGGAAGAUAUUUAUAUACUUUUGCACAUUUUAUUGGUUGAUAAUGAAAAUAACUAAUUAAUACCAAAAAGUGUUUCAUAGCCUAAUGUAUACUUUAUAUACAUUAGGGUGGCCCUUAAAAAUUUAAAUCAUUUUUUUAUAUUGGGACACUCCUAUAAGUUGUAUCUUAUAUUACCAAAAAAAAAUUAGGGGAAAUUUGAACAUAAUUAAUAAAUUAUUUCUCGAGGCACAUAGGGGUUAAAAUUUGUGAAAAGAGGUAUUUUUGUACUUAAAUCCUUAUCAUCAGUAAUAUCUGCUUAAUUUUUAUAUUUACAAUAAAAAUAUAUUGAAUUUUUUUUAUAAUUUACAAAAUUAUCUAUAUAAAUUCAUAUAUAUAUAUAUAGAUCUCAAUUAUUUAAUCAUAAAAUUACCAUUUUCGUGAGUUAAUAUAAUAUUAGGUACAGUUUACUUAUUUUUUUCAUAAAAUAAUGAUUUUAUUAAUAUUAUUUGUUUAUUUUCAAAGAAUAUAGGUAUAAAAGUUAUUAAAUUUGUUUUGAUAAUCUGAAAAUGUAUGUCUAUAGUUCGAGACGACUUAUUAUACAUACCUAUUGCUUUUGUUAUUUGUUUUUUAUGAGUAAGUUAUUGUAACCUUCCAUUAAUUUUGCACUUUUCAGCUGCGUCAUUUGUGAAUUGAAUUUGUAUACAAUUUGUAACCAUUUAUUAUAAUUUUUCCACGUUGAAGGAUCCAAACACAUAAAAUCUGUUGAAAUUUGAUAUCUUUUAAAAAAUAUUUGUGAUUCAAUCCUUAUAAAUUGUCAAGUCCUUUUCCUGUGUAGUUCUCCACAAUUUUGGUGUUCAUUGGACAUUUUUUUAAUGUAUAAUUUUUGUUAUUAUUUAACAAGAUAGCUUCCACUAUUUUCUUAUUAGUAAAAACUGAUACUUUAUCAUCAAAAAAUAACAUUGCUGCAGUUUGAGAUUCCAGGUACCACAAUUGAUCAUACAAUUUAUUUAAAGUAAUUCGGCAUAUCUUUAUCAAUAUUUUUAUACUUUCAAAGGUCUUUUAAAAAUUGCAAGUUAUUUUGAGGUGCUUCAAUGGGAUUUGAACAGCGGAUCCAUGCUUUAAUAUACAGACGUAUUAGGAAUAAACAAAUACCACAAGUUCACGAAGUUCCUCUUCCUUUCUUAGAUUCAAUUCAUUAAAAAACAAAAAUAUUUUAAUAUAGAAGAUAGCUUUAGAUAGCCAUCUAGUAUGAUGAAAUGCUCUGGAAACAAUACCCCUUUAUACAAAUUUCAAUCCCUCUGUGCUACGGGAAAUAAUUUAUUGAUUGUAUUCAAACUUUCACUAGUUUUAUUAUUAUAAGAAAUAAGUGACAGGCGCGUUCUGAUAAAAAUGUUGAAAAAAAUAUUAACCUCUAUUCAUAAAGGCCAACCUAAUAUAACUUUUAGUAUUUUCAGGGCAUAUUUUAGGAUUUUGCACAUUUUUAACUCAAUAUGUAGAAAAUUGCAAAAUAAUUAUUAUAGAUUUGUUUUAUUUAACAUUUGAUUUUUUAAAACAUUUAUAAUUAAAAAUUAUAAUAUAAUACAAAUUAAACAAAUUACAAUUUUAAUUUUUUAUUACAUAACUGCUUAAAUAUUUAAAUUUUUUAGGAUACAUAAAUAAAUAUUAAAUAUUUUAAAAAAAAUAAAUAUUUUCCCUACUGAUAACUAAUUAUUAAAACAAAAUUAGGAAUGAAGUGAUAUAGAUACUGACAUUUUUUUUUUUUAUGAUUGCCUGGUAUUGGAUGUCUCUUAACUAAUUAACUCGGUUUUAGUCAAUUCAUUAUUAUUAUUCUUCUUUUUUAUUUGUUCAACAUCGUUAGAUAAUAUUUUACUAUUUUCAGGCACCAAACCAUACAGAUAUGAAGGACACUAUGUAUACUGACGUAAGUGAACCAACUUAUUAUAAAAACUAAAAUAUUAAACAUUUUAAUUUUUUUAACUAUUAGUGGAAAAACAUUUUUCCCUUGAUACCUCAAACUCGUGGUACAAAUGAUGAUCCAAAAUAUGCAAUUGGCAUGAUGAUCGAUACCAUUGCUGUAGGUAUUGGCGGUAUUGGUUCUCGUUCUUCGGGGGUAAGAAAUAAACUUGGUAUUAUUGUGGGCUGGACAAGAGUGCUCAAUACCAACCCAUCGCCAAAAAAAGCAGUAUACCUAUACCAUGUGCUUAUCGGACCUGUUUGUUGUUUAAGAACAGGCAAAUAUCAAAACCCUAUUAUAAAAUCUCUAAUGACAAACAAACAUGGUAUUUAUUUUUAUAAUUCUUUAUUUUUUUUUAUGAUAGUUUAUGUUAAUGUACAGGAUGAUCCAAGUAUCCUGAAUCAACAGUUAUCUCAAAAAAAUUUAAGUAAGUGAAAUAGAUUUUUGUUUUUUCAAUCAUUAUGAAAUUAUUUAAGUUUUAUUUUGAUAAUUUUCAAUUUUAUACCCAUAUUUCUUGCCUUAAAUAAAAAUACAUUUUAAAUUUUCAUAUAGUUUUAAUCACAGGUUUUCAAAUAAAAAAAUGUUGAAAUGUUAUGCAAUAUUAAUAUCAAAUUUAAUUUUUUUGAACUAUUAGUUAUAAGUUUAAAGCAAUAUUUAAAAUUUAGCCAAAAGAGUAGCCCUUCCUUACUCCUAUAAUUUGAACUUUUAAUUUUAUACCUCGUAAAUGGUAAAUUAGUGUUAUGCUUAUUCAAAUGUGAUUAGACCUAUUUUGAAAUUCUAAAGUGUAUACCUGCUUAUUGAAAUUAUAAGAGGUAAGGGUAAGUAGUAGCAAAUAGUAUUUAAUUAAAUUAAUAAAUUAAAGUAAUUAGUAUUGAAACAAAACUUAUAUAAUUCUAAAUGAUUAAAAAAAUAACAGAAAUCAAAUUUACUUAAAUUCCUCUGAUUAAAUUUUUUGUUCAUGAGAAAUGGAUCAUUCUAUACAAGUUUUAGAACUAAUUAAUAAUCAAUUUAAUGAUUGAAAAAAUAAUCUUAAUGUAUUUUUAAAUGUGCAUUUAUUAUUUUUUGAGAAUUUUAUUUAAUAACAACAGUGUUGUUCUUAAUUAAUAUUUGAGUAAUCAUAAUAAUUUUGUUACAGAAAAACUUAAGAGACAACUAGAAUUAUAUGAUUACAAUUUCAAAAAUACCGGCAAGUUUUUCAAACAUUACAGUUAUGAUUUGUGUGCAUUUGUACCUGUUAAUGAUUUGGCAAAAUUGUAUCCCGACGAUCAUUCUUUCACAGUCAACAAAUCACGAAAAUUUAAAAAUAAAUUAAAAUUAUCUAAUUUUGUUCCUAAGUUUUAA